CUCGUUGAACUUCAGGAUCUGCAAAGUCAGCUCAGAGGUCACUUCUUCCUGAAGCUUUCCUUAUCCUCUCCUGCUGGCCCCGUGCUGCCCACACAGUACCUAUCCCACCUGUCAUCACCCCAAGGAGUGAGGCCAGAGGGCAAGGGACAGAGACUGCUCCUCUCUGCGUGCCCAGGACCGGGUGGAGGGAGGCUGCAGUGGGUGGGAGGCCCAGAGCAGUUGGGGGUUGGGCCUGAUCCCAGGGCUGGGAAGAGGAGGCCUGCCCUAGGUGGAAGUGUCCCUUUAAUAGUGGCUGGCUUGACCUGGCUUGGCGCCUGCUUUACUGCCUGUUCAGCUGUGGCUGCAGCUGCUGUGCUGACUCAUGCACCCCAGGCGCCAGCAGGAGCUGGGAGCAUGGGCUUCGCUGGGACCGCAGUGGGCUGGGGGCUUCUGGAUUAUAAAACGGAGAAGUAUGUGAUGACCCGGAACUGGCGGGUGGGCGCCCUGCAGAGGCUGCUGCAGCUGGGGGUCGUGGUCUACGUGGUGGGGUGGGCCCUCCUCACGAAAAAAGGCUACCAGGAGCAGGACCUGGACCCCCAGACUUCUGUCAUCACCAAGCUCAAAGGGGUUUCCGUGACCCAGAUCAGGGAGCUGGGGAAUCGGCUGUGGGACGUGGCUGAUUUCGUGAAGCCACCACAGGGAGAGAACGUGUUCUUCUUGGUGACUAAUUUCCUUGUGACGCCGGAACAGGUUCAGGGCAGAUGCCCAGAGCACCCCUCCAUCCCGCUGGCCAGCUGCUGGGCCGACGAGGACUGUCCUGAAGGGGAGGCAGGGACGCACAGCCACGGCAUAAGAACGGGCCGAAGUAAAAGGCCGGCGUGUGUGUUUAGACCGACCAGGACCUGUGAGAUCCGGGGCUGGUGCCCAGUGGAGAGCGGCACUGUGCCCACGAAGCCCCUACUGGUCCAGGCCGAGAACUUCACGCUGUUCAUCAAAAACACCGUCACCUUCCGCAAAUUUAACUUCUCCAAGUCCAAUGCCUUGGAGACCCAGGACCCCACUUAUUUCAAGCGCUGCCGCUACGACCCAAGCUCCAGCCCCUCCUGCCCGGUGUUCCGCAUCGGGGACCUUGUGGCCGCGGCUGGAGGGGUCUUUGAGGACCUGGCACUGCUGGGUGGUGCCGUGGGCAUCCAAGUCCGCUGGGAUUGUGACCUGGACGCUUGGGGCUCUGACUGCCGGCCCCACUACUCCUUCCAGCUGCAAGAGAGGAGCUACAACUUCAGGACAGCCACUCACUGGUGGGAGGCCUCGGGCGUGGAGGCCCGGAGUCUGCUCAAACUCUACGGGAUCCGUUUCGACAUCCUCGUCACAGGGCGGGCAGGGAAGUUCGCGCUCAUUCCUACGACCAUCACUCUGGGCACAGGAGCAGCUUGGCUGGGUGUGAUCACCUUCCUCUGUGACCUACUGCUGCUGUACGUGGAUGGAGAAGCUCCUUUCUACUGGAAGACCAAGUAUGAGGAGGCAAAGGCUCCAAAGGUGACCACCAGCCCUGAGCAGACAGAGCAGGCAUCCACACCCCCGUGCCCGGCUGCCCAGAGGCCUUAGGGAGGACCCAGCAUCUGUCCCGAUGGCCACGGCUGCUACUGGGAGCUGGACACCGGGACCGUGGCCCUGCCUCCACUCACUGGCCCCCACUCGCCAGCCCUUCCUGAGGCUAGUAGCUGUUCCCUGCUGUUGGGGGUCUGGGCUGGGAAAGGUGGGGGCCUUGCCUGGGGAACCUCAUGGAUGGAGCCCCAGCACGGGGGGGCGAGGGGGAGGAGAAUUCCAUCCUUCAACUCCCAGGCGGACCAUCCCUCCCCUGACUCAGGCCUCAGUAGGGUGCUGCCUGGGGAGAUACAGAAGCCAGUUUUGCACAGGGACCUGCAGCAGAGCAUGUCACAGGGCACUAGUCCCGAGGGGCUCCUGCUGUGUCUGUGUCUGGAGAACUCUCUCCCAGGCUCAGCCCACUCACCAGUGGUCAGAACAGACCCUCCCACUGUCUGUGCAGACCCCAGCCCUCUCCCCUGGCAGUGCCCCCGUCGCAGGUAGAGCCCCCACACUCUCAGCUGCGCUGCUCCAGAGUCCAUGCUGCCCGGUCCAAGGCAGGGUAGACAGAGGCCUGAUAAGAGGGUGCCUCCGCUGUGCUGGUGCUGGGCUGCCUGCGGCAGGGCCCCACCCAGCCUGGGGCCUCAUCCAUGGAAUGCAAGUGGGGCCAGAUGACCCAACCCCCUCGGGCCCCCAGGCAAGGGCACAGGCACCCACUCAUUUUCUGUGUACCAGCCCCUUCUGGGGACAGCCCUUGGCCUGUGGAGGGCUGCGAUUGGGAGGAGAGGAUGGAGGAGCUAAGUUGGCAGUACUGGAGGCUCUAGGACCUUCUCUGGGCCCCCUGGGUGACACCCAGCCCAGCCUUCUGGAACAUGUUGGGGUGGGGAGGAUUGUGUCUGGAAUUCACUGCUGCCCAAGGUCAUACCUAAGAACCAGCCUGAGGCAACAGUUUGAAGGAGACCCUGUCCUUCACUUCAGGUGGAGUCCAGCCCUCUGGGCUGGAGGGAAAGUCCCAAACAAAUCACAGAGGCCCCCAGAGGCUGGCCUGGUUCUGGCUCUGGAAUCCUCAUGGGGGUCUGAGUCCUGCCUGCUGGGAGCUCCCCACGCCGCAGGGGGUGCCCACAGUUGAGGGAGGGACAGGCUGUAGGGGUCUUGGCCCCGAGUCAGCAGCAGGGAUUUGGGGGAGCCCCCUGGGAGGUGAGGGGCUGCUUUCUCAUGGGCCCUGGUGAGCAGGCGUGCUGGCUGCUUGCUGGUGCAGUGACGUGGGCUGAAUGGGGAGGGCCAGGCUGGGGCUCAGGCUGGGCUAGCAUCUGGAACCAUCUGGCACCUGGAGCCUCAGCAAAGCCUUGGGGUUUCUGCCGCCUCUGGAUCCCUGCGUCCCUGCGGUGGGGUCACAUGGACAGGGGCCCAGAGAAAGCUGAUGUGAUGGCUACACGAUGAAGGAGUAAAGUCUGCCAAAGCCA